AAAAAUAUUUCUUGUACAUUUCAAUCAUAAGUAGAUAUGGCUAGAUUUAACUCUCAGAUUACUACGCUAUUCAUUGUUGUAGCUUUGGUGUGUGCAUUUGUUCCAACUUUCUCAGUCAAAGAAGCUGAAGCAAAUUUAUUAUGGAAUACUUGUCUUGUUAAAUUCACUCCUAAGUGUGCGUUAGAUAUAAUUGCUGCUGUCUUCGAAAAUGGAACAAUGCCUGAUCCUUGUUGCAACGAUCUUGUCAAAGAAGGAAAAGUGUGUCACGAUUCGCUUAUUAAAUAUAUUGCAGAUAAACCCAUGUUAAUUGCUCACGAAACAGAAUACUUAAAGAAGAGUGAUGACUUGUGGAAACAUUGUGUCUCAAUCUCCAAAAGUGCUUGA